AUGGGCACGUGCGGAUCCUUUUUCCAGAACACACAAGGUGGUACGCAAAUGAUAAACCAUAUGCCAACAAAGUCAGUGUUUAGAGUCGAAGUAAAAACAGAGACUGACGCUACCAGACCAGAGAGUACCAUUAGAUCACAUAAUGGCGUCAUAAUACAUGCAAACCUUAAACCCUCGGACGCCCCAAUAAAAGCAGAGGAUGUUUCACAAUCUCAACACAAGGAGGGACUGAUUUUACCAAUGGAGAAGGACAAACAACUUCCCCAACGAGAGAAAUAUGUUAACAACAGAACAUCGAGGUUGUAUGACCUUACCAUUCCAUUUCAAAAGACUGAGGUACAACUAGAAGACCAGGAAGUACUGAAUGAAUUGAAAUCCAAAAUAACAACUGCUGUCUAUUUUCUCAAAGAUGCUGAUAACAUAAUUAGCGAAAAGGUUUUAGAAUGUCUAAAGUUAUGUAAAUUUACCUACUGUGACGAAAGAAUUCGCCUAUAUCGCCAAAUUAUUGGAAACCAUUUAUGCGAUUUAGGCUAUUCUGCACUUUUUUGUAAGUUCUUGACCGAACUUCAGAAACUUGACCUCUUCAACGAUGAAAAUAAACUUGCAGUUGAUAUUUUUCGAACAACAAAAGCUAUUGCAUGGAAUUUCACAAACUUUUCAAGAGAUUUGUGCAUUGAACUCGGAAAAGCUGGUGUGAUUCCACUGCUUUUGGCAAACUUCACUCAAAAAGAAUUCCUUCCAUCUAAAAUCACAGAAUCAAUUUUAGUUCAUAUGAAAGGAACCUUAGGGAUUUUGAGCAAUAUGAUACGACUUUCUCCAGGUAAUAGACAGAUAGCGUGUGAACAUGGUGCAGUGAAGCUUCUUUUGGAUUACUCCAAGGUUGAAUUCACAAUGCUGAAAGCAAAAUGUUUCAUCAAUCUCUCGUUCCUUAUUCGAACCGAUGCAGAGGUAGGUCUUCUAGAGAGCACGGGUUCUGUCAUCAGACUCAUCAUCAGCCUUCUCAGUACAUCUCUAGCUUCGAAUUCCGGAUGUGCACGAGGGUUUGGUACCUCAGAGAUUCUACUGGCUCUGAAUAAUCUUGCACUGAACGAUAAAAAUAAAGUUAAAGUUGUGGAAUACGGUGGUCUAACUCAGCUGGCGAAAGCUCUGCAGCUGGAAACUCCAGAAAAUAAGGAUUCAAUUCAGAUACUUUCAGCAGAGCUAACGUGGAAAUUGUCGUUCAUCGAAGAAAACAAAGAGAAAAUUAAAGCAGAGAAUGGUCUGGUUAAUGCACUUGUCAUACUUAAGACAUCGGCGAACGGUAAACUUAAAACGGCAUGCUCAGGUGCAUUGUGGGAAACAUUCGAGGGGAUAUUUGAAGAAGAAGACAACACAUCGACUAACGUUAAGACAACACGUCUGAAGAAAGGUCGCCACGUGAUGAUCAGUUACCAAUGGGAUGUCCAGGCAAGAAUAAUUCAAUUGAAAGAAAAACUCCAAAAAUCUGGUUACAACGUUUGGAUGGACAUUGAUCAGAUGGAAGGGGACUUAUUAGGUGCAAUGGCGGCUGCCAUUGAAAAUGCAGCAGUUGUAUUAGCAUGCGUGUCUCAAAAGUACAAGGACAGUACAAGCUGUAGAACAGAAGCAACGUACGCAUAUAAACAAAAUAAACCAAUUAUACCACUACUUGUUCAAGCAAAUUAUACGGCAGAUGGCUGGCUUGGGGCACUCGUGGGAACUCUAAAGUAUUACCCGCUCUUUAAAGAUUUCAUGGUUGCAACAGAAUUUCCAAAAAUUACGAAUGAGAUCGGAGAAAGAGGCAAAGUUAACUCACACUGUAAAGACAUCGUUGUUCUUUCUACAAUGCAGGAGGGUAACACCAACAAAACUCGGGCAGAUCUUAUCGACAGGGCGGUGCCUGCAGGCCCUAUUUCCGAUAAAGUUUCGGAGUGGACUACAAAACAAGUUAGUGAAUGGUUGAAACGAAUUCAAAUGGCGGAGUUAUGUCACGCUAUGAAGCAAGUAAAUGGCAAACUUCUGAUUCAGAUGUUUAAGAUGUCGAAUAAAGCUCCUGAUUUCUUCUACACAAGAUUAGAGAGAGAUUUCAAAAUGAACAAUUUAAUGCAAAUACUUAAAUUUUCAAGCGCCAUCGAUGAAUUACUAGAUUAA